AUGGCGUGCGAUUUAGAGAAAAUUGAAGACAGUGAAAGAGAAAAACCAAACGUUGUGAUUCAGUUAAAUACAUUGAGACUCGAUGAACUAAUAUCGUUAACUUUAAAACUAGAGGAGGAGUGGAAACUAAUAAAAAAGAAUUAUGCUAUAUUAGAAGGAGCUAUAUUAACGUACGAUAAGUGCAAAAAUUAUGUAGAACAAUUAAACCCAUCUAAAUACGAAGCCAAGAAUUUUAAUGCAUUUAUGAAUGAGUUAGAACGUUCAGAUUUAAUUAAAUUAUGUAAAAAAGAUCAGAAUGAUGAUAAAAGUAUCAUAAAAGAUAAAGAAGAAUCAAAUCAAAAAGAAAACAUUGAACAUUUGGAUAAUUUAAUUGAAAAGAUUGAAAUUAAUAAAAAGGAGGAGGGAAAAGACAAACAGAAACAACCCCUAGAUGUACACAUACCCUUGACAUCGUUGGUCUACAUACCCGGAAAAAUCAUGGACACGGAAAACUUUCUCGUACGUAUGGGCACAAAUUAUUUUGUCCAAAGGAAUUCGGCACAAACCAUUGAAUAUUUUAAUAAUAAAAUUAAAAAAUUAAAUGUACAGAUAAAAAAAUUAAAAGUUACCAUAAUAGAGAAAAAAAAUGAAAUAGAUUUAUGUAAGAAUUACAUUCAAAUUAAAAGACAACAACAAAUGAAUGCCUUAAAUACAAACACGCUACAAGCCACUUCACGUAAUGUUAACACGUGA